AUGGACGACGGCGGUGGUGAACGGAGGAGGGGCGUUUUGGUUCUGUUCCGCUUUGGUCUGAUGAGGCAAGCUGGUAAUUUGAGGGGGGAUGGUUGGGUGGAUGUCAGGAAGAAAUCUUUUAGAUUUUGGUCUGCGAGAUGGGAUGUGUUCCCAUUCAACGGUGGUGCAAAGAGUGCGGGAAUGGGGACAAUUUCUUCUUUCUACAUAUCUGAGUUUCCGGACUCCAUCAAAGCCUGUGACCUGUAUGGGUUGUUUGGAUGCAUUGGUAUGGUGGUCGAAGUCGCAAUCUCCCCCAGAAGAAACAAGUUUGGGAAGAGGUUCGGGUUUGCGAGGUUCAAAGAGGUUUUGGAUUCGAGGUUGCUGGCAAUUUCCCUGGACAAUGUUCAGAUUGGGGGGAGAAAGAUCCACGCUAACGAGCCUAGGUUUGAACGUUCUGUUCCUCAUGCCCAUGGUAAUGUGGUCAAUGCGGUUGGUAGGAGGAGAGUCAGGGAACAAGCUAUUGGGGAUGCAGAUGGCUUCAAGAGGGCUCAAUUGGUUACGGGUAGCAAUGCUUUUAGGAGCAGAAACAGAUCGUUCGCUGAUGUGACUAAAUUUGAAAUGGAGGGGUAUUACAACGUAAAAGCAACACCGAUGGGGGAUUUUCUAUGUCUGUUGGAAGAAUCGGAGGAGGGUACGAUUGAUAAUUUCAUUUCGGAAAAGGAAUUGUGGUGGACUAAUUGCUUUGAGUCGGUUUCCAAAUGGGAUGAGAGGGUGAUGGAUUCUUUCAGACCGUUCUUGUCUGUGGACGAUCACACUGCCAGUUGCCUUUUUUUCGACUAUGCCAGGGUGAGAGUUUCGCUUCCUUUCGAAACUCGAUUGCCGGAUUGGAUUUCGGUUUUGGUGGACGGCAUAGCAUAUCGUAUCAGACUGUCGGAGGAAACAACCAGCAGAGUUAAUCUUGCUGAUUCUUCUGUCUCAGAAAAAUCAAGUUCUGUAUCUACUUUUUCUGGUUCUAAUCUGUCUCAUUUUGUUGCCGCUUCGGAAGACGAUAUUGAAGAGUUUUCUUGUUCUGGGGGUCUGAAGGGCAAUGUCAUAAGGGGGGCGGCAAAGACGCGUAUUUGGGAGAUUCUCAGCCGGAGGUGUGGAAGAAGUAACAAAGUUAUAUUUGCGUGCGAUAAAGGUGGAAAAUAUAAGGAUAAAAGUGAGACUCAAAGUGCUACUAAGAGAUGUGGAUGUCCAUUCAAAAUCAGAUCGACUCCGGCAAAAGAUGGGUCUGGAUGGAAGGUUGAUGUAAAAUGUGGAGUUCAUAAUCAUGGUUUACCAGAUAGAUUAGAAGGCCAUUCAUUUGUUGGUAGGUUGACAACAGAUGAGAAGCAGCAUGUUGCUGAUUUGACAAAGAGACAUGUUCCGCCUAGACACAUAUUGACUUCCUUGCAAGAGCGAGAUCCUGAGAACGUCACUCGGAUCACGCAAAUAUACAAGCAUAAAAGUGUGAUUGAAGCGGAGAUAAGAGGUCCAAGAAGUGAGAUACAACAUUUGCUUAAGCUUAUAGAGGAGGCGAACUAUGUUUAUUGGAGUAGGAAACGGGAUGAUUGUGAAGUUGUGAGAGAUAUUUUUUGGGCACAUCCAGAGUCGGUAAAGUUGCUGAAUCUUUUUCCUACUGUCUUGAUUAUGGACGCCACUUAUAAGACCAACAAAUAUAGACAACCUCUGUUUGAAAUAGUUGGUAUGACAUCGACCGAGUUGACAUUUGCGGUUGCAUUUGCUUAUAUGGAGUGUGAGCAGACAGAGAGUUAUAUUUGGGUCUUGGAUAAGCUGAAGCAAUUGUUUGUGAAGAAAGAUGUGGUUCCACAAGUGAUUUUGACGGAUAGAGAUCUUGCUUUGAUGAAAGCAGUUGAAGUUGUUUUUCCUACGACGCAUAACUUGCUAUGUCGCUUUCAUAUUAACCAAAAUGUUGGGAUGAAAUGCAAGGAAUAUGUGAUGAAAGACAUGCGAGAGACGAUAGGCACAUUGUGGAAAGAUGUUGUAUGGGCUAGUAAUGAGGUUGAGUAUGGUGUACGGUUGCAAUAUCUUGAACAAGCAUGCUUUGCUUGUACUAACUUCCUCGAUUACGUGAAGAACACUUGGUUGAUCCCACAUAGGCAAAGAUUUGUAGGCGCAUGGAUUAAUCUAGUGCUUCAUUUUGGUAACACCACGACAAAUCGGGUUGAAUCUGCACAUUGGAAGCUAAAGCAGAUGUUAGGAAACAGCCUUGGUGACAUGGUCAAAGUUUGGGAAGCUAUGAAUUCUAACCUAAAAAUCCAAAUAGGUAACAUUCGAGCUUCGUUUCAAAAAAGUUUUUAUGAGGUUGAGCACGCACACAUUAGUCCAUUUUAUGAUAAUUUGCGUGGUUCAGUAUCGAGAGCUGCUUUGAGACGCAUUGCAGAAGAGUUAUCGAGGCUUGAUUAUGUGUUAAAUAGUAGGGAAAAAUGUGGUUGUACUAUGAGAACAAGUUAUGGGCUACCUUGUGCUUGUGAGAUGGGAAAAUCGAUUGUUGUUGGAAUCCCAUUACAAAUAGAAAGUGUUCAUCUUCAAUGGAGGAUACUAUCUAUGGAAGGUGACUUGCCUUUAGAUGAGGAAGCUGGUUCGGAGGUUGAUAUGAAUAAUGCAAUUGAUGAAUUGUGGAGAAGGUUUAAAUCACUAGAUGUUGUUGGAAAAAGAGCAUUGAAAAGUAGGGUUUGUGAAAUUGCAUAUCCCACAACAACUUCAUUGUGUCCACCACCUGAGAAAAUAAAAACUAAAGGCGGAGUGAAGAGGAAAGGGAAGAAACCAGUUGGGUAUGAUGUUUAUAGGGAUCCUUCAGGUUUUGAGUAUGCUGAUCAGGCGUCUCAAUGUUCACAAAAACAAUCGCAAGCAUCACAAACUUCCAGGAAGCAAUCACAAUCAAAGAAGCAAUCACAAGCAAAGGAUGAGGAUUUCACUCUUCAGUUUCCUUGUCAUAUUAGGCCAUACAAGAACUGA